GGAAACUAUUAAAAACAAACUUACGAUCUUUACCUCAGACUACCAAAUACCCUGAAUAGGUCCAUAAUUAUCUUACUUCUGAUCGAAUCCUUCGUACCAACUAGUGCUUAUACCUAGUUCUAUAUAUAUCUAAUACAAAUUUUCCCUUUUGAUCGUGCACGUACUUCUUAAUCUGAUAAGCCUUCGCCUACUUUAGUGUUUUCUUGGUAUUGCUUAAUGAUCCAAUUGACUUCUUGGCUCUCUUUUAGCAUGAACGACUCCGAUUUUAUGGACGGUUAUAGAGAACUUCAAACUCAGCCUGAGAACCAACAAGAUCAACAACGCGAAAAGUACCCAUCCAGACAUGACCGGCAGGUCUCCCAAGAUAGCGGAAUCGAAAGUCAAGCAACGUCUGCUACUUCCAUGUCCAUAAGGUUAUCAUGCAACCGCUGCCGUCUCCAGAAGCUGAAAUGCACAACACCAGCCGGUUCCAGUAUAUGUGAACGAUGUACCCGGGCCAAGGUAGCCUGUCUUUUCGGCCGUCGAACAUACUCGAAAUGCAAAAAGCAAAACAGUAAUGACUCCGGCCCUUCUACCCGAUCAGCACGGAGUCGGACACCAGGAACAGCCAGCCAGAGCCAGAACUGCUCCGUCCCAGAAGACGCAGGUGCUGCACCGGGACUCACCUCCGAAACCACAUGUGCAACCGCCUCGAGCACAUCAACACAUUCCUCGUACCCAUCCCCUUUCCCAGACUGGACCCUCGAUCCUCCGAUCCCCGAAUCCACGAUCUUAGAUGAUCUGACUUUCACCCACUAUGAUUUCGGAGAUGAUCACGCUUUCGACCAAACCCCCGAGUGCUUCGACCGGUUGCAAAACAAUCAUCCGAAAGCAGCAGGAGAAGAAGAUUAUCUCCUCCGCGCGGCAGCCAAUAUCCCCCCACCGCUCGGGAUGACAAAUCUAUUAUCUCAUCCUGAUGGAACCAAAAUUCAAUCUAUCCCAAUAGUAACCACACCAAGCACGUUCUUCACACCAUCAUCAUCACCCUCUUCUUUUUCCCCGACAAGUCUCGAGCUCACAACCCUCGUCUACCAAAUCCAGAGCCAGCUCCGAGAACUCUCCGAACACUCCCUCCACCACUCCCUCGAAAACCGCACCAACCUCGACGAUUCCAUCAGUAAUAUCCUCACCCUCUCUCAGAAGUUCGGUUUCAUGGCUGCGCAAAUCCUCCACACCACUAAUCUAGCCACAGACAGUACCCGCGGAGGAAGUAGCACACCCUCUCCAUCCGAAAUCGGUACCACAGCCGAUACUCCCACAAUCCUCCUUGUCGUCGCAGGCUACAUGCACAUCAUGCAAGUGUGCGCUCUAGUCCUGGAUCACUUCAAGACCUAUCUUCAAUCCAUACCGGGUCCAAACAAUUCCCUCUCUUCCCCUCUCGCACUUUCUUUGAAUCUUUCGACGCUGCCGGAGAAUGAACCGGCAUUGCAGAGAAAUGAGUUAUUGAGUGCGAAUGCGGUGCACUACUUGUAUCAGAUCAAUACGGCGGUGAGAAUGGUGCAGGAUUCUUUGCGGGAUAUUGAACGGCACUUGGGGAGGGGAGGGGUGUUGGUCAAGGAUCUGGCAGUGGGGUUUUUGAGGAGUUCGUGGGUGGGGAAGAGGGAUAAGGAGGUUGAGGAUUUAGCUCGGGGGAUUCGGGAGUUGAUUAAGGAGAAGUUACAAUUCUGAGGGCUGGUUUGAGAGGAUAGGGUUAUAGAAUAUAAUGGAAUUGAAAAAGUUUCAUGUUACCUUUUCCUUUUUUUAGAGAGCAUAGGAAAUGUAAGAGUUGUGACCAUAGCUCAUAACACCCUUUAUUAAUUCAUAACAAAAUCCCUACAAAAAUGAUAUUUUAUUAUACAAAAUUAAAUAUUUAAUGAUUUUUCAAACUAUUAUAUUA